CUUGGUGAUUUUUGGUGUGCUUGUUGUAAAGUUGUAAACACAAAACAAAACUUAAAUGAUGAGAUGAAACCUUUGAUAACAUGAGUGCAAGUACAGGAAAUGUUACAGAUGACUUUGUCGGUUGUUUAACCCAACAGUUAAGUGAGUUUGAACUGUUGAAGUCGAUGUAUCCAAAUAACAAUGAUAUAGUUUUAACCGACAAUAAGAGUUUAGAUGCAAUUCAAAACUUUUUGGAUAAUCCUACUGAGUAUACACCUAGUCAUCUAGACUUUACUAUAAAUUUAUUUAUAAAGGAAUUGAAAUUAGAAAUGUGUAUUAAUUUGCCAAGUUUAUAUCCUGAGGAAGAGCCAGAUAUAUUCAUCAGGUGCAAUCAGUUAAAUCGGCACCAGGAAACAAAACUCAACUAUGAAUUAUCAAAUUUUAUCAAGACAAAUCAUUUAGGAGAAGUCUGUUUAUAUGAUGCAAUAUCUUGGUUACAAGAAAAUAUUGAAAUUUUUUAUGCUUCAAGUGGUGUUACUGAACAAAACACUGUUAAUGAAGAAACUGCAGAUGAUAAUAUAAAAGACAGGAACUAUGUGAGGCUGUGGAUUUACUCACACCAUAUUUAUAACAAGAAGAAACGAGAAGAAAUUGUUAAAAAAGCUAGAGAAUUAAAAUUAACCGGAUUUUGCUUGUCAGGCAAACCAGGUAUUGUUUGUAUUGAAGGUCAUAAUUGUGAUUGUUAUGAAUGGUGGAAAGACAUAAAAUCAAUGAAUUGGAAGAAAAUUGUUAUAAGAAAAUCUGAAGAUUUUUCAGCUCCACAAAAUAAAUUUGUAAAUUUUGAAGAAAUACAAUUAAGUAUGACUGACUUUUCCAAAUACAUGGACAAACUUGGAUUCAGUCAAACAUUUAAUGAAUUAUUUGGAUUAAUAAAUGAUAAGUAACAAUUUUAUUUAU